AUGCGCACCGACCACUCAACACGAAGAAAAAGAGUCGAGACACUAAAGCUGAAGACCUCAAGAAGGGACUAUUGGCGAGUCUGCCACCACCGCUGGCGCACUCCCACGUGUAGGAAGCCGUGUCGGCUGUUUCUUGGCCUUCUGCUUCCUCUGCCCUCCCUUCUUGUCGCAGCGGCCACCGAUCGUUGGGCACAUCUAAAUCACCUUUUCCCAGGCCGAAUGAAUUCUUCAGAUCUCAUUCAGGAGGACGACUACGUCUUUAUUAGCGGCGGCGGGUCUCACAAGAUUCUGCAGAUCAAGAAGGAUGUGAAAGUACGCCUUGGCCGAUCUGGUGCAGCCCUUGCGACGACGCUGAUCGGCACACGCUACGGUGGCGUGUGCCACCUCGACCACGCGGGCAAGAGAUUCGUGGAGAGCAACGAGUACCCAGAUCUGGACAUUACCGAGGUUGGCGUUGGCGAGGAGGUGAAGGAUAAUCGCGACUUGGUGGAUGAUAACACGAAUCAGCAACUCUCGAACAACGAGGUGGCGACGAUCCGUCGCGAGAAAGGCCUUGACGAGCUCCUCCAGACACUGGUCGAGAAGAGCACGAGCUACCGCACCAAAACGAACUUUGCGCAGGAGAAGUACAUCAAGAAGAAGCAGAAGAAGUACGGCACCCUUUUCAAGGUGGAGCGCGUCACCGUCGACAACCUGGCGGAGCUCUACCUCCCCACUAUCAACCCGUCCGACAAAUUGUCUGACGACGCGCGGUGCAUUCGCCUGCGCGCCGAUACGGUGGCUCUCAUUUUGCAUCAUAGCGACGUCCACCACAACAGCCGUGUCGUUCUGUACGAAAAAACAAAUGGCGUACUGCCGGCCAGCCUACUAACGCGCAUGUGUGACGAAGGACGCAUCUACCAGAUUCUCGACAAGAACGCGCAGCCGAACCCGACGAUUGCGAUCAAGGUGCUGAAGCUCCCUCUUGUCAAGGAACGAUGGAAAGCGGUGCCGCGGAACCCCGAGUUUCUUGAAGGGCUGACGGAACAGGGCAAGGAGUCAGUAAGGGGCACCGCCAAGUCUACUGAAAGGGGCGGCGACGGCGGAGCGGCCGCGGAGCGACCUCAGCUCCACCACACUAGCACUGAUGUGACCCAGUGGGUGAAGGGAUACGAGGCACGGCAGCUUCUGCUCGAGCAUCCGGCAGACUCCCUUGUCAUCUGCGACGACGAGUCGCCGCAGCGUGCCGUGUCAGACCUGCUCCCCUUCCUGGCGUGCGGUGGCCACAUUGUCGUUUACAGCCCAUUCCCAGAAGACCUCACCAAAAUCUUCCUUGAGCUACGCAACGACUGCGUGAACAUUCAAAUAUCUGAAACGUGGUACCGCCAUCACCAGGUGCUGCCAAAGCGCACCCACCCUACGGUGAACAUGAGCACGGCAGCUGGAUAUCUGCUCACGGCAAUUAAAGUAGACCGGACCCCCGCGACAUCGCGGCCCAUUGUAGCGGUGACAUCACCUGGGCUACCAACCACGACGGAGGCAAGUUACAAGAGGUCAGCUGCCGAGGAGCUCGAUGACAUGGCCCCGAAGAAAGCUGAGAAAGUGGAAUCCUCGGACGAGUGCAAUGCCAACCGAAUGGAACCACAGCCCUAA